AUUUGAACUCCACUAGAAAGCAAAACCCAAUCUCCAUCUCUCCUUUCCAACCUCUUCUUUCUUUUCCCAUCUUUUAUCUAUAUCUAUAUAUAUAUAUAUAUAGAUUUCUUACUCUCUUUCAAUUCCUCAUCACUCUUGUUAUUGGAUUAGAGAAUUAAUGGCUCAUCAUGAUCAUAUCCAAGAAGUUCAGCUCCAAAUACAAGGAGGAGCAAAUGAUCAUCAAGAACAACCAUGCAACAAUCAUAACAACAACAAUAAAGAACCAUCCCCAAAACACACAUUCAAGUUCAAAAUAAACCACUGGAAAUGGUGGCUCACAGUGUUACUCAACAUAAUCUUCAUCCUCUCCGGCCAAACCUCAUCAACACUUCUCGGCCGUCUAUACUUCGAUAAAGGCGGCAAAAGCCUUUGGAUGUCCACCCUAGUCCAAUCCGUCGGCUUUCCGGUCCUCAUCAUCUACAUUUUCAUCUACAACAUUACAACAACAUACAACAAAAAACACCCUUUGAUCAUCUCAUCAUCCACUGCCUUCCCAUCUAUCAUUUUCAUCUACAUAAUGUUAGGCAUAAUCAUUGCCGGCGAUAAUCUUAUGUACUCUUACGGUCUCUUAUAUUUACCAGUUUCUACUUACUCACUCAUAUGUGCAUCUCAACUGGCUUUCAAUGCUCUAUUCUCUUACUUCAUCAACUCACAGAAGCUCACACCAUUCAUCUUCAACUCUGUGAUCCUUCUAACCUUCUCCGCUGCUCUUCUCGGUGUUCGUUCAGACUCCGGUGAAGCUUCAGAGUAUAAUAAAUAUCCAUUAGGGUUUGUUCUCACAGUAGGUGCAUCAGCUACAUACUCACUGAUCCUAAGCCUGAUACAACUAACAUUCCAAAAGGUAUUGAAGAAAGAGAGUUUCACCAUUGUUGUUGAGCUUCAGAUAUGCACAUCAGUUGUUGCAUCUUUGGUAUCGGUAAUCGGUUUGUUAGCGAGCGGAGAAUGGAGAGGAUUGAAGGAGGAGAUGGAAGGGUUUGAGGAAGGGAAGGUGGCAUAUGUGAUGGUUUUGGUAUGGAUUGGAAUUGGAUGGCAAGUGGCUGCAGUGGGGCUGAUAGGGUUGGUGUUUGUGGUGUCAUCUUUGUUUUCAAAUAUGAUAAGUACAUUGAGUUUGCCAUUGGUGCCAAUCUUUGCUGUGAUUUUCUUUCAUGAUAGGAUGGAUGGAGUGAAGAUCAUGGCCAUGUUGAUUGCUGUUUGGGGUUUUCUUUCUUAUAUUUAUCAACAUUAUCUUGAUGAUUUGGAGACUAAGAACAAGAAGCAGCCUUGUUCUUCUUUUUCUUCUUCAAAUGAUGGAGAUAAUGGAUCAGAUGUCAUUCAUGAUAGAGUUGUCUAGUGAUUCAAAUAAACUUGAAUGCUUAUUAUAAGUAUUAUUAUUAUUAUUAUUUUAUUUAAUAAAGAUAGUUGUGUUUUAUAAUGUA